AAUAAUAGACUGCGACAUAUAAAUAGUGGACAAUAAAAUUAUUCUGCAGUCUUAACACAUUGCUUAUCCGCUUUUUUUUAUUGUUGCUUCUCUGUCGGACAGCUUGACCAUAGAGAAAGGCAAAAGAAAUAGGGACAAACAUAAUGGCACAAGGAAGUGAACUGAACUUUAAGGGGAAGAAAACCUCAGAAAAAAUAUCUGAAAAUAUACAUAUAUUCGCCAACGAUCCAUCUUUAGCCUUUUUUCGAAUUCAGGAACAUAUUCGUAAGGUACUUCCAGCCAUUCUAGAGAAACGAACUGAAGUUCUCAGCUUACAGAGCAGUUUGCAAGGGCAUUGCUAUGAUAUGGAAUAUGGAGUUCAAGCACUGAAGUCUAUAGAAAAAUCUGAAAAUACUUUCCACAACAUACAAGAAAUGAUGAAGACUUCAAUUUUUCUGAAACAACAACUAAAGUAUGAAGAAAGUCGAAAGAAGACAAAAAAAGAGAGUGUGAAAAACUCGGUGUAUAAAAGGUUCUCAGCCCACCUUGCACUAGAUCUUCCGGACUUGCCUGACUUUAGUGGAGUUAUGCGGGACACAACACAACGAAUGGAGACAAUGAUUGCACCAGGCCAAGGGCGUCCUGACGGUUUAACUUCUCAGUCCAAUUCGGUUGAACUUCAGAGAUCUCACACUACAUUGCAUUAAGAAAUACUUAAGAUAUAGCAAUUAUGUUUUAUAUAUUGUCUCAUUUAUUGAAGGAGGUCAAAAAUAAAUGUUAAAAUUGCGUAAAAUCA